GAACCAAGUGUAUACAGUUUUGUGUGACAAAGACGGUAAAAAGGUAAAGCAGGAAAUAGAAGAACAUCUAAAUACAAUAAAGGAUAAAACGUCAGGGCUUCCAGAAAUCACAUUUGUGUUCUAUUAUUCAGGACAUGGCACUCAAAGUGGUUUACAACCGCUACCAGGAAAAAAGGCUUUUGAUAUUACUAAGAGUGAACUUCAGACUAUGCUAGGGGGCGUGUCUGCUUCAGAGAAACUGGUUAUAUUGGAUUGCUGUUUUGCAGCUUCUAAUAGGGAUAUUGAAAAGGGAACAAUGGGUUCUGCUCAGACCAUAACAGACGUCAGCCAAAGUGAUAGUCUAGAGGCAGACGGCAAAGUGGAUUAUAAAAUGAGUGUCAUCGAUAUGGGACUCCCAGAUGUGCAGUCAAGUCCAGAGAGCUGUCAUAUUGGUCCCAUAAAUGCUGCUGGAGAUGCUAAAGCCACUACAGAGUUGCCACUGGAAGCCAAGAAUUUAGAAGCUGAUUCAGAUAGUGCAUCCCCUAGUAAUGGUGCAGCCAUCAAUCCUCAUCAUAGAUAUAUUGUAAAAGGCGAACCUUCUGAUUCUGACAACCGUUGUUCUUACCAAUGGUGGUCCUGUGCAGAGCAUCAGACAUCUCGUGCAAUGAUCUGUGAUGGACUAAGUAUCUUCACAAAACACAUGGUGAAUGGACUGAAAAGUGGUCAAGAAUGUGGCCUUCAGGAUAGUAAUAACACAUGUAGCUUGUGUGAAACGAUGCAAAAAGAAGCAUCAGUAAAAGGGUACAUCUCUUUUGAAAUCCUACAAAGUUAUGUGUAUGAGCAUGUCAAAAGGGAAUUACAUAAUUUAAAUCAUGGUAUCCAACAACCAGAAAUAUAUUCCCAUCAUAGACGCCCUAUGAAAAUUGCUUAUUACAACAAGGAGGACUUGAACCAGAAGGCAUUAGUUUUUACUCCCAAAGGAAAUUUGGUCUUGAAACUGAAAGAUGAACCUCAAGGAGAUGGUGAUGAGCUGUCAGCCUUCAAAGAUUAUAUAGCUGAACAAGUUAAAGAAAAGGGGUAUUUCCCUGCUAGGAUAUCAGGAGAGCAUCUGUGUUUGAUGGAUGAAGUACUAAAUUGUGAGAUUGACAGUGAUGAAGAUCUUCAGCAGUCCUUGUACCGCAACUUUCCCUUGCACUGUUUUUUGACAAAGAACGUCAAGCUUCAAUCAGGGCCAGUGUUGCUUAUCGACAUUGCAGGAAAUAAGCUGAUGGAUUUGCUUGAUCAUCUUACAGAAACCAGAACAAAUGAACUCUUAGUUUUUAAGGUAAGGAUUACUGCCCGAGCUCAGAUAAAAAGAGUAUUCAAAGAAAUUGUGAUAGUUCAAAUCCAAGUUAGUCUGUAAUCCGCAGUCUUACCAGAAAUUUUCUGAGCUAUUUGAAAAAAUCUUAAACAAUCCAUAUGAAUUGAUUUCUGACUGGACUGUCUAAUGUCGGGAUCUUUAUCUGGUCAGUUCAUGAUGAACUAUAGCAGGUUUCAAUGGAAAUCAUUUUAUAUAGUCUACCUGUAGUCUCUUGACUUAACAUAAAAUCAAGUGGGAAUUUGUGUUGG